UGCAACUCUGUGUAUUGUGGCCAAACAGCGGCUUCUUCAGGGUCUAUUUGUUGGAAAAACUUAAGAAUUAGUUAAUUUUAAGUUAAUUUAAGCAUUUAAAAAACUUGAAAACACAUUAAUCGACAUGGCGGAUGCCGCAGCACGUCAGCUGCAGUACGAGUACAAGGCGAACUCCAAUCUUGUGCUGCAAGCCGAUGUCCGACUCAUCGAACGACCGCGUCGAGAUGAGGCUACUGGUGAGGUGUGCUCCCUGGUGGGAAAACUGGACGGCACCCGGAUGGGCGAUCGGUACCAGCGCACCAAGCCGGAGAAGACCGAGGAGCGCAAGGUGAAGCGGCAGAAGCGAGACGAGGCUCAAUACGACUUCGAGCGCAUGAAGGGUGCCACGCUGCUCUCGGAGGGCAUUGAUGAGAUGGUGGGCAUAGUCUACCGCCCCAAGACCCAGGAAACCCGACAGACCUACGAGGUCUUGUUGAGCUUCAUCCAGGAGGCCCUCGGGGAUCAACCCAGGGAUAUCCUGUGCGGAGCCGCUGACGAGAUCCUGGCCGUGCUAAAAAAUGAUCGCUUAAAGGAUCGAGAGCGCAAGAAGGACGUGGACAGUCUGCUGGGAUCAGUGACCGAUGAGAGAUUCGCAUUGCUGGUCAAUCUCGGCAAGAAGAUUACAGAUUUUGGCAGUGAGGCAGUCAAUGCUCUAACUGCAGCUCCAAACAACGAGGAGCAAAUCGACGAGACAUAUGGCAUUAAUGUGCAGUUUGAGGAGUCUGAGGAGGAGAGCGACAACGAUAUGUACGGCGAGAUUCGCGAUGACGACGCCCAGGAUGAGGGCGAAGAGGCUCGCAUUGAUCACACACUGCACGCCGAAAAUCUGGCCAACGAAGAGGCUGCCAACAACGUGAAGAAGGAUCGCACCCUCCAUCCUUUGGACAUAGACGCCUACUGGUUGCAGCGUUGCCUGAGCAAGUUCUACAAGGAUGCCAUGGUAUCGCAGAGUAAGGCAGCCGAUGUUCUCAAGAUCCUGAAAGAUGCCGCUGAUGAGCGCGAUUGUGAGAACCAGUUGGUGCUCCUGCUUGGAUACGACUGCUUUGACUUCAUCAAGCAGCUGAAGCUUAACCGGCAGAUGAUUCUCUACUGCACCAUGUUGGCGUCGGCUCAGACGGACAGUGAGCGGCAGAGAAUCCGUGAGAAGAUGCGUGGCAACUCAGCGCUGGCCAAGAUUCUCAGGCAGCUAGACACAGGAAAAGCCGAGGAACAGGAGGAGGGCGAAACCAGGGGAAGCAAACGUGGUAAGGGCGAUGCCGAAGAUGGUGGAGCUGCUGCAGCCGGUCAGGUGGCCGGCGUAAGACAGCUUCUGGAAUUGGAUGAGCUGGCCUUCACCCAAGGAUCACACUUCAUGGCCAACAAGCGCUGUCAGCUUCCCGAUGGCUCCUACAGGAAGCAGCGAAAGGGCUAUGAGGAGGUGCAUGUGCCGGCUUUGAAGGCUGUGCCCUUCGAUGCCGACGAAGAGCUCCAGCCCGUGGAUAAACUCCCCAAGUAUGUCCAACCCGUAUUUGAAGGCUUCAAAACUCUUAAUCGCAUCCAGAGUCGCCUGUACAAAGCCGCCCUAGACAGUGACGAAAACAUGCUGCUGUGUGCACCCACGGGAGCGGGUAAAACUAACGUAGCCCUUCUCACCAUGAUGCGGGAGAUCGGCAAGCACAUAAACGAGGAUGGCACCAUCAAUGCCCAGGACUUUAAGAUCAUUUACGUGGCUCCCAUGAAGUCCUUGGUGCAGGAAAUGGUGGGUAACUUCGGUAGGCGCCUUUCCUGCUACAAUCUUACCGUUUCCGAGCUCACAGGCGAUCAUCAGCUGACCAGGGAGCAGAUUGCCGCUACCCAGGUGAUUGUGUGCACGCCGGAAAAGUGGGAUAUCAUCACUCGGAAGGGAGGCGAGCGCACCUUUGUGAGUCUGGUGCGACUGGUCAUCAUUGACGAGAUCCAUUUGCUGCACGACGAACGUGGUCCGGUUCUGGAAGCACUGGUGGCCCGUACUAUUAGGAACAUAGAGACCACGCAGGAGGAGGUGCGACUGGUGGGGCUAUCGGCUACGCUGCCGAAUUACCAAGAUGUGGCCACCUUUCUGAGAGUCAAGCCUGACAAAGGGCUUUUCUACUUCGACAACAGCUACCGUCCGGUGUCCCUGGAGCAGCAGUACAUCGGCGUGACGGAGAAGAAGGCUCUGAAGCGUUUCCAGGUCAUGAACGAGAUCGUGUACGAGAAGACCAUGGAGCAUGCUGGCCGAAACCAAGUCCUGGUGUUUGUGCACUCCCGCAAGGAGACUGGCAAGACCGCCAGGGCGGUGAGGGACAUGUGCUUGGAACAGGACACACUCGGAAGCUUCCUCCGAGAAGGAUCUGCCAGCAUGGAGGUGCUGCGCACUGAAGCAGAGCAGGUCAAGAACACUGAGCUGAAGGAACUUCUCCCAUAUGGCUUCGCUAUCCAUCACGCUGGCAUGACUCGUGUGGACCGUACCCUGGUGGAGGAUCUCUUCGCGGAUCGGCACAUCCAGGUGCUGGUGUCUACGGCCACUUUGGCCUGGGGUGUGAAUCUGCCCGCGCAUACGGUAAUCAUCAAGGGAACCCAGGUCUAUAACCCGGAGAAGGGGCGCUGGGUGGAGCUGAGUGCCUUGGAUGUGCUGCAGAUGUUGGGACGUGCCGGUCGACCCCAGUACGACACCAAGGGUGAGGGCAUCCUCAUAACCAACCACAGCGAGCUUCAGUUCUACCUGUCCCUGCUCAACCAGCAGCUGCCCAUCGAGUCUCAGUUCAUAUCCAAGCUCCCAGACAUGCUGAACGCUGAGAUUGUCCUUGGAACGGUGCAACAUCUCCAGGAUGCGGUCAACUGGCUGGGAUACACCUAUUUGUAUAUCCGAAUGCUGAGAAAUCCGACUCUGUAUGGAGUGUCCCAUGAUGCUAUCAAAGCGGAUCCCUUGCUGGAACAACACCGGGCGGAUCUUCUGCACACCGCUGCCUGCUGCCUCGAGAGGAGCGGCCUCAUUAAGUACGAACGCAAGACGGGCCACUUCCAGGUCACCGAUUUGGGACGCAUUGCCUCCCACUACUACCUCACCCACGAAACCAUGUUGACCUACAACCAGCUCCUGAAGCAAACGCUCAGCGAGAUCGAGCUGUUUCGCGUGUUUUCACUGUCCUCCGAAUUCCGGCACAUCUCGGUGAGGGAGGAGGAAAAGCUGGAGCUGCAGAAGCUGAUGGAGCGAGUGCCCAUUCCCAUUAAGGAGUCCAUUGAGGAGCACAGCGCCAAGGUGAACGUUCUGCUCCAGGCCUACAUAUCCCAGCUGAAGCUGGAGGGAUUCGCAUUGAUGUCUGACAUGGUGUUCAUCACCCAAUCUGCGGCCCGAUUGAUGCGGGCCAUCUUCGAAAUCGUUCUGACCAGGGGAUGGGCCCAGUUGGCGGACAAGACGCUGACGCUCUGCAAGAUGAUCGAUCGGAGGAUGUGGCAGUCGAUGACCCCACUCAGGCAGUUCAAGAAGAUGCCCGACGAAAUAGCCAAGAAGCUGGAGAAGAAGCACUUCCCGUGGGCGAGGCUGUACGACUUGGAGCCCCACGAACUGGGUGAGCUCAUAAGGGUUCCCAAGUUGGGCAAAACCAUUCACAAGUUCGUGCAUCAGUUCCCCAAACUGGAGCUCUCCACCCACAUCCAGCCGAUUACCAGGGGCACUCUCAGAGUGGAGCUCACCAUCACUCCGGAUUUCCAGUGGGACGAGAAGGUCCACGGACAGUCUGAGGGCUUUUGGGUGCUGAUCGAAGACGUGGACUCGGAACUCAUUCUGCACCACGAGUUCUUCCUGCUGAAACAGAAGUAUUCCCAGGAUGAGCACCAACUUAAGUUUUUCGUGCCCGUUUUCGAGCCCCUGCCGCCGCAGUACUUCCUCCGCAUUGUGUCUGACCGCUGGAUCGGAGCAGAGACCCAGCUGCCCGUGUCCUUCCGCCAUCUCAUCUUACCCGAGAAGAACAUGCCGCCGACUGAGCUUCUGGAUCUGCAGCCGCUGCCCAUCAGUGCUCUCCGGCAGCCCAAGUUCGAGUCGUUCUAUUCGCAGCGGUUCCCGCAGUUCAAUCCCAUCCAGACGCAGGUCUUCAAUGCCGUGUACAACAGUGACGAGAACGUGUUCGUGGGAGCCCCCACCGGUUCCGGAAAGAUGACCAUUGCUGAGUUUGCCAUCAUGCGUCUCUUCACCACGCAGUCGGAUGCGAGGUGCGUCUACUUGGUUUCCCAGGAGGCUCUGGCGGACCUGGUAUUCGCCGACUGGCACGGAAAGUUCGGCUCCUUGGACAUCAAAGUGGUGAAGCUAACGGGGGAAACUGGCACGGAUCUGAAGCUGAUAGCCAAGGGCCAGCUGGUGAUCACCACAGCGGACAAGUGGGAUGUACUCUCGCGCAGAUGGAAGCAGAGGAAGAACGUGCAGCUCGUGAACCUCUUCAUCGUGGACGAACUGCAGCUGGUGGGAGGCGAGGAAGGUCCGGUUUUGGAGAUCGUUUGCUCCCGAAUGCGGUACAUCAGCUCACAGAUCGAAAAACAGAUCCGGAUAGUGGCGCUGUCGGCUUCCCUGACGGACGCCAGGGAUGUGGCCCAGUGGCUGGGAUGCAAUCCCAACGCCACCUUCAACUUCCACCCGAGUGUUCGACCCAUCCCGUUGGAGCUGCACAUUCAGGGAUUCAAUGUAACGCACAACGCCACCAGGAUCGCCACGAUGUCCAAGCCGGUCUACAAUGCCAUUCUGAAGUACAGCUCGCACAAGCCUGUCAUCGUGUUUGUCUCGUCCAGGAAGCAGGCGAGGCUCACAGCCAUCGACAUCCUGACCUACGCUGCCUCGGACUUGCAGCCGAAUCGAUUUUUCCAUGCGGAGGAGGAGGACAUCAAGCCCUUCCUUGAGCGAAUGACGGACAAAACUUUGAAGGAAACCCUAGCCCAAGGAGUGGCCUAUCUCCAUGAGGGACUGUCCGCCUCCGAUCACCGCUUGGUGGAGCAGCUCUUCGAUUCGGGAGCGGUGCAAGUUGCCGUUGUAUCAAGGGACCUCUGCUGGGGCAUGAGCAUCUCCGCCCAUUUGGUGAUCAUCAUGGACACCCAGUUCUACAAUGGCAAGAACCAUUCCUACGAGGACUAUCCCAUCACGGAUGUGCUGCAGAUGAUCGGCCGGGCGAAUCGACCCAACGAGGAUGCGGAUGCCAAGUGCGUGUUGAUGUGCCAGAGCAGCAAGAAGGACUUCUUCAAGAAGUUCAUCAACGAGCCGCUGCCCAUCGAGAGCCACUUGGAUCACCGCAUGCACGAUCAUUUCAACGCGGAGGUCGUGACCAAGACCAUUGAAAACAAGCAGGAUGCCGUGGACUACCUCACCUGGACGUUCCUCUACCGAAGGCUGACGCAGAAUCCCAACUACUACAACCUGCAGGGUGUGACGCAUCGCCACCUCUCGGACCACCUGUCAGAGCUGGUGGAGAAUACCCUUAGCGACCUGGAACAAUCGAAGUGUAUCAGUGUUGAGGACGACAUGGACACACUGCCCCUCAAUCUGGGCAUGAUUGCGGCCUACUAUUACAUCAACUAUACAACGAUUGAACUCUUCAGCUUGUCGCUGAACAGCAAGACCAAGGUGCGAGGCCUGCUGGAGAUCAUCUCUUCGGCCGCCGAGUAUGAGGAUGUGGUGGUGAGACAUCAUGAGGAACAAGUCCUGCGCACUCUCUCCCAGCGACUGCCCAACAAGCUCACAGGACCCAAUGAAACGGCGCCCAAAUUCAAUGACCCGCAUAUCAAGACCAACUUGCUGCUGCAGGCUCAUCUUUCCCGGCUGCAGUUGGGACCUGAACUUCAGGGGGACACGGAGCAGAUACUGAGCAAGGCCAUCCGACUCAUCCAAGCCUGUGUAGAUGUGCUGAGCUCGAAUGGCUGGCUCUCCCCUGCGGUGGCUGCAAUGGAGCUGGCUCAGAUGGUUACCCAGGCGAUGUGGAGCAAGGACUCCUACUUGCGACAGUUGCCGCACUUUAGUGCUGAGAUCGUCAAGCGCUGCACAGAAAAGAAAAUCGAAACCGUCUUCGACAUCAUGGAGUUGGAGGAUGAGGAUCGUUCGCGUCUGCUCCAGCUUUCCGAUACCCAAAUGGCAGAUGUUGCUCGCUUCUGCAAUCGCUACCCCAACAUCGAGCUCAACUAUGAGGUGGUGGACAAGGAUCGCAUCAACUCGGGAUCGACAGUUAACGUGGUGGUUCAACUGGAACGCGAGGAUGAAGUGACCGGGCCAGUCAUUGCACCCUUCUUCCCCCAGAAACGCGAAGAAGGCUGGUGGGUGGUUAUCGGCGAUCCAAAGUCCAACUCCCUGCUCUCCAUCAAGCGCCUCACGCUCCAGCAGAAGGCCAAGGUCAAGCUCGACUUUGUGGCGCCCAGUCCGGGCAAGCACGACUACACCUUGUACUACAUGAGCGACUCCUACUUGGGCUGCGAUCAGGAGUACAAGUUCUCCAUCGAGGUGGGCGACUUCCAGUCGGAAAGCGAGAGCGAGUCGGAUUAAAAGUUAAGACCCUUCAAUUGGAUUAUGUUUAGCAAUAAUUUCGAAAUGAUUACCCAUCCCAUCCCAUCUUGGUCUAUCGAUUAUG